AUGAAGCCUUCUUCUUCUUCUUCUUCCCUUCUCUUCCGCGCAGUCACAACCCUUCUCAUCAUAAUCAUACCAUCCUCCCACGGCCACGGUGCGUAUGAUCCCGCCAAGCCAUGCAAGCGGCUGGUCCUCUACUUCCACGACAUCCUCUUCCACGGCGGCGCCGAGCCCUUCAACGCCACCUCCGCCACGGUCGCCAACGCCACCAAGCUCGGGAACACCAACUUCGGGAAGCUGAUCGUGUUCGACGACCCGAUGACGAGAGACGCCCACCUCCUGUCGACGCCGGUGGCGCGUGCGCAGGGGUUCUACUUCUACGACAUGAAGAGCGCGUUCAACGCGUGGUUCGCGUACACGCUGGUGUUCAACUCGACGGAGCACCAGGGGACCAUCAACGUCAUGGGCGCCGACACGAUCAGUGCGCCGACCAGGGACCUCAGCGUGGUCGGCGGCACGGGGGAUUUCUUCAUGGCGCGUGGGAUCGCCACCUUCCGCACCGAUGCUGCUCUAGGCGACUACUACUUCCGUUUGGAGAUGGACAUUAAGCUGUACGAGUGUUACUGA